AUGGAGUACGCGAAUCAGCUUUCCGAUCACCAUUCGCUAUCCACGUUGGCAUUGCAUGCUGACAGCGCUUUCGAAGAUGUCCAAGAUGCGGCGCCUCCUCUGCACGUAGCCACUACUUUCAAGUAUACACAAGAUCCAGACUUGCUAGUUCCAGUACCACACAGGGACACGGAAUCCUCGGUUCAACAUGAUUAUUACUAUUCCAGAAUCUCAGCACCGACCACGGAGCGUUUCGAGGCUCUCUUGACCUCUCUCCUUGGUGCGGAUGCCGUAGCUUACCCAUCGGGCCUGUGUGCUUUCCAGGCGGCGUUGAUAUUGCUCAAUCCGCGGCGAGUUGCAUUCAGACACGACCUUUAUUUUGGUUGCCAGGGAGUCAUCGACAUUGUAGCGAAACUUUCGGGCCUUCAAAAGCUUUCACUUGAGUGCGAUGCUGAACAAUUGCAGACGGGCGACUUGAUUGUCCUGGAGACUCCCCUAAGCCCCUCUGGGUAUGCCUUGAACAUUGCGAAAUAUGCAGAGAAAGCACACCGGCAUGGGGCAUGGCUUCUGGUGAGCAACACUCUUGCGCCACCGGGUCUUCAAGAUCCUUUUGCACACGGCGCGGAUCUCGUUAUGCAUGCCGGGUCGAAAUACAUUGGUGGGCAUGCAGACAUGCUGUGCGGCGUUCUUGCAACCAAUAACAAGGACUGGAGCGCACAGCUACGAAAGGAGAGAUCACUGAUGGGCGCCGUCGUGGGCAAUUUUGAGAGCUGGUUGGGAAUUAGGAGUCUUCGGACACUACAAGUUAGAAUAGAAAGGCAGACGCAAAGCGCACAGAAGCUGGUGACUUGGUUGGUCAACUCACUGAGUGGGCAUGGCGAGGAUUCACUGAUCUUGAAGUCGGUUAUCGCGGAGGUCGGACAUACCAGUCUUCAAAAGGAGGAUUUUGACUGGUUGUUAACCCAGAUGCCGCGUGGAUUUGGCCCCUUGUUUUCAAUCACAAUGAAGACCGAGAACAUGGCCCGCCAGCUUCCCAGUAAGCUCAGGCUUUUCAGUCACCAGACCAGCUUUGGUGGCGUAGAGAGCUCGAUAGAAUGGAGAAAGAUGAGUGACGUUCAGACGGACAGCAGGUUGCUGCGCGUCAGCAUCGGGCUUGAAGAUUGGGAGGAUUUACGCCGGGAUAUCGUCUCGGGGAUAAUGCGCAUGGAGUAA